GAUAGGCCUACUACAAAGGUAUCGGACAAUGUUAGAUUAGGUAUAUAUAAAUAAAAUCUCAACAUUGAAAUAUCAGAAACUUCAGAUACAAGCCGAAUCAAAGAGUGUCUCAAUGGCGUCAUCGGACCUGGAAAAUGUUGAGGAUAAUCAAGAACGUGCUAUCGUUCCAUCGACCAUUCAGAAUAAACGUGUGUUCAAUGUUGUUAAUGUCCUUUAUAUUGAUCGGAUACGACGACAUGAAUUCGCAGUGCCUCCGUUCUUCAAAGAGCACCUACGAAACGUCUUAUAUAAGGAUGGAAAGGUAGUUCGUUUUCGUUGCAGCGUUGCCGGUUUUCCACCUCCUCAAAUUGAGUGGUUUAAAGGACCUGAGAAAAUUUUAGAAGCAUGUGAUGUUGAAUUACUGGAAGAAUGUAUUGGAUACAAAUACUACGCAUCGAACAACAGUGGGAAUCUUAUGUUAAUAAUAACUAACAUAUUAGCAGAAGACUUUGGACCAUACACUUGUAAGCUAACAAACACAGUAGGCGAGGCUCGCUCGACAGCAACGUUAUAUUUGUCAUCGACAACCAACAAGCCCGUCAAAAGUAGUAAACAUUCAAAAAGACGGAAGAAAAAAUUAGUAAUAGAAGAAAAGAUAACUAUCCGUGAAAAACGACGAUCCCCAAUCAAAAAUAAUUCAACACUUGGAAACUCAUACGCGAUAUCAAACCAAGAAAACAGCGUCGCUAUUACACCCAUUGUGCAAGACGACGUCAUGGCAAACCAAAGAAACAAGACAAUCGAAGAUAUGCUGACAAUCAUGUUUGCAGUUCCUACUUCAUGUGAAACACAUGAUAUAAAAGUGACGUCAUCCGAAGUCGGCCCUGACACGUUAAAGGCAAUCACACAAGAGCAAAGUAACGAUACGAAUGAUUUGGACGCAACGCCGAGAAAAUUUCAAUUGGAAGAAUUGGAAAGACGAGAGUCUGUAACCAGAGUUUCAAAUUCAGACAUGGAACUGGAAUUGGAUAUGGAACCGAAGAGCGAAACACAAGAUAAGUCUGAAACUGUACAUACUCCUGAUAGCGAAGGCCACAUAAAGAACAUUGCUGACUGGAUUAAAUGUGGAGAAACUUCAGAUUCAGAAUACAGAAGAGGUUCCAGCCCGUAUCCAAUACCACGAUGCCUUACUGAAAAUACAGACGAUACUUUGAAGACAAAUUCUGCUCCGGAAUCUGCUGGAAACUCGUUAGAUGAAACGUCGGUGGAAAAUAACAAAAACGAGUGGUUGACUUCGUGGAGAAGAAAAAGUGGGGCAUGGGAGGAAGGUAGCGAAGAGGAAAGCAAGGAUACAGUUGGAGGAGGAUGUUCUGGAUUGUUUUCUACUGGUCGAUGCCGUCAUUCUUCUAGCAGCAGUGUCGGGACAGGAGUAAUUGCAAGAUUCGUUCGUGCUAUUUCACAAAACGAAUAUUUCGAUCGAUUUUUUGAUCGAUCCACCCGAUCGUAUUCUCCUUUUGACUACAGUCCACUUGCAGAGGGCAUAUUUCAGUUUCGUGAGAAUGGAAACAAUUACGAAGGUCGAAGUGCAUUUGCUGAUGUAUUUGAAGACGAUGUGGCCAAUGAAUCAAAAAGUCUCGACACAGUUGAAACUGUGAAUGGUAUUGCAACUUUUUCUGAUAUUUCUCCGCUCUCCUUGGAUUCAGAAACAAACGCUGAAACUAUUCAUCUAAAUCCUGAUUUCCAUGAUGAAGAUUCAACACAAUAUGAAAGUAGAUCUACUGAGCAGUCAGAUACAAGACGCAUUUCGGAGGAUAUGAUAGAAGCGCACGCUUCCGAAGAAACCGAGUGUACGGUACUUGGCGAUUUAGAGGUCUGCGACCCCGAUUUUCUGUCAAAUAAUGGAGGAACAAUCAAUGGAGAGCCAAUAGAAAAUGAGUCAAAAUCUCUUAUCAACAUCAUUGAUUACCAAAUUGAAAGGAAGAAUGAAUUUGAAGUCGGUGAAGAUGCAGCAAGAGAGCUUGAUGAACUCAUUGCAAAACUAAUUGAGUUUAGUCAGAGAAAUUACGUUCUAGUAUCCAGUUUGAAAGUUGGACCUUCAAGUCAAAAAAGUCAACAUGUCGUUGACCAAGAUACUGUUUGUCCCGAAGAAAUAACGCAAACAAUUGCAAGCAAUGAAUCUUCCAGUUACAUGAGUACCAAUGAAAUGCAGCAUGAGAGAAGAAAUUUUCCAAUGCACCCGAUCGAUAUGACGGCAAAUGAUGAAAACGAAGUUAAGCCUCAUGCACCAGAAUUCGUGAUUCCGCUUGAAAACAUGGAAGUCACUUCGGACGAAAACGUCGUACUCAACAUUUCUGUUACCGGAUAUCCGGCACCCAUAAUAACGUGGUUUAAAGACGGUCUACCACUAGGUAAAAAAGAAGAAAGCGGGAUUAUACACGACAACUUGAAAUAUCAGAAAGCAGUUUACAUAUGUGUUGCUGAAAAUACAUUAGGAGAAUCAAAGACAUCAGCAACCAUAACAAUAAAGCAACUAAUUUCCUCAGAUGAUGCUAAUUCUCCGGAAAUCGAACAAUCUGCAGGUGAUGAUGUUGGAGUGAAAUUGAGACAAAAACCAACCAAUCAGCGUCCACCAGACAUACGAAGAUCUCAGAUUAUCUCAGCUUCUCUGGUUGACUACUUACGAUGGAAAGCAAAAUUAAUUCAGCAAGCUAAAAUAUCGACUGAAAAUUUAAAGGCAGAAGAAAUAAUAGACACCACCUCUUUCGCAGCGAUUCCCGCCGGUGUUGACGGAUUGACGCGAGAUGACGUCACUUUACGUUACGGCUCUAUGUUGAGCCUCGCCAGCAUAUCGACGACUUCUUUUGAAAGUGCGGACGAAGGCGUAUUGACAUCAUCUGAUGCGGUCUGGGAAGACGUUAUGUCAACGGGCGAAGAAGAUUUCAUGUCUACGGAUGAGUUCUUUUUUCCUGAAAGGAAGACAAAUAGUGGAAAUGCAACUUCGUUCUUUCUCACGACACCUAGCCACGGAUGUCAAACUAAUGACAGUGAUGAUGAUCUUUUCAAUCCACGACCUUUGACCCCAACACCAGCCAGUCCAAAUCCUCCACUAAUAUACGAGAUUGCGACUGAGAAAAAAUUGCGUCCAUUUACAAGGCGGCCAACGGAUCCAAGACUACUAUCGCUUGACCUGUCUGAAGAAAUGGAAAGCGCAAGGAGUGAAAAUGUUACUCCAGUUCCAACUCGGGACGAACAAUCAGGAUUCAAUGAAAGUGCGAUGAAGUGCAGAUGUCCAAAAUUUUUGGUUUUGCUUAAAGAUGCGAGGGUGUUACUAGGAGCAUCAUGCUCAUUAACUUGCUGUGUUAUUGGCGACCCUGAACCAGAUAUUGCUUGGUAUCGUAACGGUAUCAGAAUAUUGCCGCCAAAUCCAAGUUCUGGGAAAACGUCUCCUCAUACUUUCAUAAGUUCUUUCUCGUCCGUCACUCCACAUCAACGUUUCAACAUAACAUCCGAAGUAAAACGAGAAGUCGGAAAAGAUGGAAAUGCUUUCGAAUACACCUCCCAUGAGCUCACAAUAAGCGACUGUAGAAACACGGAUGCUGGUGAAUAUUUAGUGACUGCUGUUAACAUUUACGGAAAUAUCAUGAGUAAAGCAAGAAUUAUUAUCAAGUCGGAGAACAGCCUCGAAGAGUCUGAUUCUAAUGUUUCUGAAUUCACCGCUCCACAUUUCGUGGCGACAAUCACGGACUCCGAUGGAAUGAUUGGUGAGGAGACGACAAUGACCUUUCAACUCUCUGGACAACCGGAACCGGAUAUUAACAUUUUUCAUAAUAGAGAAGAAGUUGAAGAAGGAAAAUUUACACUGAGUACCGACGACGGUGGAACCUACAUAAUAACAAUAAAAGACUUGCAACUAGAAGACGAAGGUGAAAUUCGUGUUUGUGCGAUGAAUGUUGUAGGAUGUGCAGAAUGUUCUGCAGAACUUUUUGUUGACGAGAGAAGCGCAACUCCAACUCCGGGGAAAAUAGGAUUUUUCCAGUGGCCGGAACAUUUAGAAGAUGGUGAAUAUGGGACGCUUAAUAUCAAGGAGCAACUGGCUAUGCAAGUGAUUACCCCAUUUUUCGAUGUCGUCACUGAUGAUGUCACAGUUUCAAUCGGUUCAGAAGCAUCAUUUGCCGUUCGUGUUCUUGCUUGGCCCGCACCUGAAGUUUUUUGGUAUAAGGAAGGGAAAUUAAUAUCCGGUGAUCGGUUCAGGCUGGAAUCACCUGAUUUUGGAACUCACGUCUUAACGAUAGGAGACGUUGUAGAAAGUGAUGCAGGAAUAUAUACUUGUACAGUUAAGAAUUGUUCGGGGGAUGUUUCAUGCAAAGCCGAAUUAGUUGUCACUGCAGCGGACGUUACUUCGGAUUCGUCUGCAAAUGAGUCACUGUCGGAAAUUGAACAAUGGAACCUGAAAGAUUAUUACAAUAUAUGUCGCGACAUUGGCUUUGGGUGUUAUUCAUUGGUGCGUUUGGUUCAAGAUAAACAAACCGAAAUUGAUGAAUAUGCUGCAAAAUAUAUACGAUGUUCACACACGAAAUCGAGGGAAAAGUUGUUAUCUGAAAUUGAAAUCCUGAAAAAGUUAUCUCACAAAAACAUUGUAAUUUACAAAGAAUACUUCGAAACAAAGAAGCAUAUUGUAUUGGUUAUGGAAUACAUCGAUAUGGAAUGGUUUGAGUUUCUUUUAAUGAAAGAAAGUGUCUACGAAAGAGAGAUUGCUGCAAACGUCAAGGAUAUCUGUUGUGGGAUAAUGUAUUUGCACCGGAAUCAAGUUGUUCAUUUAGAUAUGAAGCCUGAGAAUAUUAUGAUUACGGCUGAUGGAAGUACGUUGAAAAUUAUUGACUUCGGAAGUUCAAAAGAAGUAAAGAGUGAUAAAGAAAUAAUGUGGAACUAUGGAAAUCCUGAAUUCGUCUCACCAGAAGUAGUCAAAUCAAUUCCGGUUUCGACAGCCAGUGAUAUGUGGUCUUUGGGGGUGAUCGUUUAUGUUGUCAUCAGCGGAAUAUCCCCAUUUCUUGGAGAGAGUGACUACGCAACUGUAUUGCAAGUAAGAGACGGUAAAUGGCAUCUAGAUUCACGGUGGUUUUCGACAGUUUCUCUGCCUGUUAAAGAUUUUAUUCAGAAAUUGUUGGUUUUGGAACCGACCCAACGUAUGUCAGCUACUGAAGCAGCAUCACAUAAUUGGUUGUGUCAACAAGUAAACGAUGAAGGUCCUCUUCCCGACGGAAGAUUGAAAUACUUCAUAACUAGGAGAAAAUGGCAGAGAUCUUUAGUCAGUCCAAAAACAUCUCUAACUUUGCGGUCGAUAUCUUCUCUUCUGAAACGCGAAUAUGACUCUUCUUCAGUUGCUAUUUCUCGCACUCUCGCAAGUGAAUAUAUCAGUUCAUCAACCAUGACGGAAUCAGAAGAUGACGUCACGCCAAGUUCAGUGCCAACGUCACCACGAUUUCAACCACGCUCUUAUAAACAGCAACAACAUCUCCCACCAAUCUCCCCACGUAAAAAGACAACUUCGAUCUCAAUUGAGGAUAUUUUGGAACAAGAAAAAGAAGAGAUCACCCCACCUACUGUGAAAAUAGUUGAUUCGACUCCAAAAUCUUCACCAACUAAAGAACGAAAAUUUGUCAUAAAACCAGAAUUUCAGGACUCAAGCUUGACUAGUGGGAUUGAAUCGCUCACCAAUAAUGAGUUGAAAGAAAAUGUUGAAAAAGAUGUAGAAAAGAGAUUUGACGUAUCCAACGUAAAUCUGGCAAGUCAAACAAGACCAGUAAAUCAGCGCAAGAAACUGCAAAUGAUAGGAAAGAAGGUGAGUUUCGAUGAUCAUCCGAUCAAUCCAAUUGUUUUCGAGGAAACGAAAGAAAUGGUUCUAUGCGAACAAGCUGAAAUACAAGAAACAACCCCUCCUAUUCAAUUAGGGGAACAGAAAGCGGAAUUGGAUUUGCCACCAGUUGCCCAAAUGCCUGAAUUACCAGUGCCAGAAUCUGCGUCAGGACCGCCCGGCAUUACACUGGACAGGCCGCAGAGUGUAUCACAGUUACUAAAGGAAGACAGAAGACAGAUUAAACCAAGAAGGGUGCGGGGUAUAGAAUCUACCAGCACGAAAGACAAAAUAAAAAAGAAAUUGAGUUCAAUAACUUCAAGGAGGCAUCGUUCGUUUGACAUACAUUCUUCCAGUUCAGAAGAAGACCUAAGAGCAAAUAAUCAUGAAAAGAGCAAAAAUUCAACACAUAAAGAUUCUCCGAAUUCAAGCAGAUCAAAAAAACUAUCAUUUUUUUCUCGUCGAAAAAAACAAGUUGUGAAAGGCAGCUCUCUUGAUUCUUCACUGAAUUUGAACGAAAUGAGAAAAGAAUUUGAUGAAAAAAAUAAACAAGAAGAGCAGGCAAACAUAAAUUUAGGUGGGAAUAAUACCAAACCGGGUACUGAGAAGAUAAACAGUGGAAAAACAACUCCUAUCAAAGGCAUCUUAAAACACGGAGGAGCGGGAGAUACAAGUUCACACAGUGAUCCGUAUAUACAAAAAUCUCUUCAUAGUUCAAGAACGCCAAGUCCGAAGAUUAUUUCGAACAUGGAAGCUUAUUUUCCUAAGCAAUAUCAACGGCGGCCAUUGGCGAAAGGAGUGUCAUUGGAUUUAGAUAUGGUUGCAGAAUCCAAUGGUGAAAAUGGUUCUAACAGAAAUCGAACAAGGCCAAUAAAGUCUGCUGCAGAAAGGCGUCGAACACAGCUACGCAGAGGGUCGUCUGCUGAAUCAGCUCUUAACCCUCCACCGAAGUCACGUGUGAGUGGCUUGAGAGGCCCGUUGCUAGAAAAAGGAGGCGAUGACGAAGACGAACCUAUGGCAGGGAUGUCGCUCAGACGCUCUUUGCCUGGAGGCGCACAAGGUAGUCUUCAUAAUCAUUCACGGUCCUACAGUGGGCCUUUGAAUCUCCACUCCCCGGGAUUCGAGAGAGGAAAGUUUUCUCCUCUUGCCCUCUCGCCUCGCGGUCCUCUGCCGUCACCUAUGGGGAAGUAUUCAUCUCUCUCCCGCUCUUACUUCAGUCAGUCAGUUGAUAUAUCGAGUGUGCGACCGUCGGAAAAAAUGACAUUCGAAGAACGUAUGACAGGUAAAAAAUCGUUAUCCGCACAACUUCCAACAUCAGGUAUAACGUUGCCAAGGUCAAGAUCACAGGAUCGUCCAUUAGGUCGAAGAAGCAAAAGUUCGGAUAAACGAUUGGCAACAGAGAGUUACCCACCAUGCCUAAAAGUUCCGCUUGUCGACCAAGGUGUUAUUCGAAAUCAAGAAUGCGUUACUUUAAAAUGUUUGAUUGAUGCUUUUCCAUUGCCAGAAAUAACAUGGUACAAAGAUGGAGAAGAAAUUAAUGCAUCCGACAGAAUAGAAAUAAUCUCUGAAGCUUCCAUAACACGAUUUCAACUUAAAAUACGAAAAUUGAAACUUCCCCAUGAUUAUGGUGAAUACCAAUGCGAGGCUCGGAAUUCUGUCGGAAUCUUGAAGACAUCCUGUAUACUAAAAUUAGCAGUUGUCCCCGACAAACCAUCAGUGCCAGAUUUUUCAGGAACGGAUGGGGCAAAUGUCUGGAUUUCGUGGAAUCCACCAACGAAUUGUGCGGCUUUUCCUAUGUCGUACAUUUUGCAGUAUAGAGAAAUGGCUGGAAUGCAAUGGAUUGUCGCAAGCAAUAACAUCAAAGAUACUCUUUAUAAAGUUGAGAAUUUGCGACCAACUACUUCCUAUCGAUUUCGUGUUUGCGCUGUAAACAAUGGAGGGAUUGGACCAUACAGUAAAGUUUCCCAGAGGAUUCAAAUAGAUACUCACGCCAAAGCAGAAGCACUGCAAUUUGCUUUUUAGCUUUAUACAUCCUUAAUUUACAUUAGCGAUUGUUUAUUUCAAAUUUACGUGCCUAUAAUACAUAGUGUCCAUACGGCCUCUUAACAAUUUAAUAAGGAGAAUUUAGGAACGCCAUGUAUAUUUUGUUGUUGAAAUGAUUCUUUUACAUAAUACAUUGAAGAUAUCGGUUUGAAUUAUUUAUUUUUUUCAAGCGAAUAACCCAAUUUAAACAACUAAUUUCCAUGAUAGUUAAGCUGUUGACACUUUUAUCUCCUUUUUCAAAUUUCUCUUUAUUUUCUCUCUUUCAAGUCACGAUAUUCUUCUCUCAUUUUACAUUUUGUUUGAAACCAGUGUUCCUUCACUCAUUGAUAUUUAUUCCAGUUUGUAACCAUGUAUCAGCUGCAUAGCUUUUCUUCUCCCUAAAUUCACGUUUCUGUGAUCCAAACGUGUUUGAUACAUGCUUGGUCAAUUUUUGUCAUGGUUAAAAAUAGUUGUUUAAUUGCUUGUUGGUUUACGAAUAAAAAAUCAUCUUU